CUAAAGCAGAGAAGCAGUCACCACCAGCCUGUUGCUCGAAUUAGUCAACCAGACUUCUCACUGCAGGUCAGGAGGUACAAGCCGGACUUGUCCUUUGAAACGAUGAAGCUAACUGCCGUACAGCAGAAACCGUGAGAUGGAGAAAAGCUCAGCAGAAGAUGACUGUGUGGAUUCAGGAGCCGAGACCGGAGGGUCUGAUUACAGUCCCUUAUCCUCAACGAGCAGUGAGUUAUCCAUGGGUGAACUCCAGGACCCCUUUCUCGUCAGCAUCCACCUCAUCGCAGACCCCGGUCAGGGAAAGUUCCUGCAGCGAGCAGCUGAUGCCGUGCUGGCGUGGGUUCACCCUGAGCUGCAGCUCUUCAGAGUCUCAGAGCGGGCCUCCGUCUCACAGCGACCACGGACAAAGCACCACCAAAACGGCCUCCCAGCUGACGACUGCCAGCCAGCCAUGGCGGUCAUCCUCUUCCUCCAGGAGGGUUAUGGAGGCGAGGAGCAGAUCCUGAUGCUCCACCGGGCCCUGCAGAAACCACCGUGGAGCUACCACCACACUGAAAGAGUCAGUAACGGCCGCAGGAUGUUACCUCUGUCACCAUGCAGUCAGGACUUCUUUACUCUCUCUCCUGGGACGCCACUCUGGGCGGUACGUCAGGUGCAUUAUGGGAAAGAAAUUGUGCGGUUUACCAUUUACUGCAGACAUGAAAACUAUGUGGACAUGGUGCGGCUUUACAGGCUGCUGCUUCAGAGGAGAGUCGCACAGAAAAAGGAGGACUUUUGCUUCUUUGUGGUCUACUCCAACCCGGAGAUGGAGAUCCAGCUGUCGUUUAAGAGGCUCCCACGAGGGGAGAGUCCUGUUGUGUUGGACUCAGCUGUGAUGGAGGUGAGGGUGCGAGAUGUGGGGGCGCUGGUGCCUCUGCUGCCUCACACCUGCAGCCCGAUCAGUGAGGUCCGCUGGCAGACGGAGGACUAUGAUGGAAAUAAGAUCCUACUGCAGAUCCAGGGUUCACACUUCAAACACCAUCAGGAUCCCUCCCACGUUUCCCCCACCAUCACUGAAUCAGCCUCGGCUCCUUCCACCGUCACCCGCAGCUCCGCCUCCUUGAAGAACCGCCGACACCACCACCACCGAUCCGCAUCCCGUCAGAGAGUCCACCACUCCCCCCACAGCUCACACUCUCUGGCCUUUGAUGAGCUUGAUGAAGAGGCACAAUGGACUGACGGCCGCUAUCCAGACAGCUGGAGGACCGAGUGGAGGGGCCACAGAUCUGGAUCCCUCUUUUCUCUGCCUAACCUGGGUUCGGGCAGCUCCCGCUCUACCUGCUCUUCCCCUGGCCCCUCUUCCAGCAUCCAUCACAGGAGUCACUCCUUCAAUAGACGCUCCUCUCUCAUUCCGCCUUUCCGGCUCAACGUGGACGCUCUGGUUGGAGCCGAGGAGACGGACGUGGACACGGGGGACAAAGUAAACCCAGGCAGCAGCUUGGACCUCUCUGUGGUGUCUGCGUACAUCAAACCCAGCCUGCCCCACACUCCUCGACCGUUAUCGGCACAGUCAGAGGAAGUCAGAGCCUCCUUUUCUCCCAGCAUCCCUGAGAACAUUUACAAAUCUGCCAAACUGAGACGGACUCCGAACAGCUUCAGCAACAGCAGCACCCCCUCCACCCUCAUAGGGUCUCGCAUGAACAGCCCAGGUGUGAGUGUGAGUGCUUCUGCGUCUCUGAGUGAUGUUUCCAUACACCACUCUGACAGCUGCAGCAUCAUUAGCGCUCCCAUAGAAGAAGAAAAGAAAGUGAUAGACAAUGAUCAGGAGUUCUACAUUUGAUUCAUUGUUCUAAGCUGAGAGGACUCACUCUAGCCAGUGUUGACACAGCUCUACUCUGCCCCCUGGUGGCUAAACUGGAGUGAAGCAGAGCCUUCAUAUGUGUU